GAAGGUCCACCUACCUGUGAAGUGACCGGUGCUGGUCCAGAAAAUGAAGUGGUUGAAGGUCGUAGUGAUGCAACUAUGUCUUGCAUCGCUGAUGUACACCACCAGCAACUCUUGUGUGGAUGAAAGAUGGAGUUGAUACACCAAGCAAGAACCUCUCCUGUUAUAUAUUCCCCAGUGUUUAGCAGAGAUGACGCAGAGGUACCAUUCAAUUGUAAAAUAAGCCAUGGUACAUUAGCAGACGCUGUCACUUGUGAAGAUGUUAUCACCUUUGAUGUUCAGUACCCUCCUGACCUCAAAAUAGAUGUGGAACCCAGAUACAAAGAUGGACAGAUUAAAGAAGGCGAGGACUUCUUUGCUUCUUGUAAUGUAAUAUCGUCAAAUCCACGCACUGACAACGUGGCAUGGACUUCAUUAUUGGACAAUUUUCAAGUGGAUCCUAAUAACCCACUGGAAAUCUUAAGCAUUACACGUGACAAGGCUGGUGAAUACAUGUGUUCAGCUGAGAAUACAUACUAUGAUGGAACUACAGGAAAUACUGAAGAGAUCAUUACAAUAGAUGUGCAAUACAUUCCAGUUGUUGUGUUGGAUGAGAGCAAGACUGUGAAAGAGGGAGACGCUGUGAGUAUAAACUGCAGUACAUUCAUCACGGAAGCCAAUCCCGCUGCCAGUGAGUUCCAGUGGAUCCGUAAUAGUGCUGUGGAGCAGACCACCGACGAAUUAACCAUAUAUAGCGUAGCACGAAGCGAUGCUGGGUUGUACAGUUGCUGGGCCUUCAAUUAUUUUUAUGAUGGUAGUCCAGGCAAGGGAGAGAGUACUACUGAACUUGUUGUCCAAUAUGGUCCUGAGGUGAGUCUGGAAAGUCCAUUAUUGCCAGUAACUGAGGGAUCCAAGGUGACUAUUAACUGUACUGUUGAUAGCCAGCCACCACCUUUUAAAUACGAGUGGACACAGAUCAUGAAAGACGGAACUGUCAAUGAACUUGGCGAGGAUAUGGAAUAUCUAAGCUUUGCAUCGGUCGAUAGAUCUAAAGGCGGUAAUUAUACUUGUAAAGCAACAACAAAGUUCUAUGAUGACAUGGAUGAAGACGCUUCAGCUUCGGCAGAACUCGUUAUCCACUAUUCUCCUGACAUAGUUGAUGCUGUUGACAAAGUUGCAGUCGAUAAAGAUGAAAUGGCAGUUCUCGUAUGUAAAUCUGAUGCUUUCCCUGAUCCCCAGUUCAAAUGGUUGAACUCUACCGGUGGUGAGCUAACCAGUGACGUUGAAGGAUUACAGAUAGCUGAGAAAUACGAAGAUAACCUUUUUAUUAGUACCUUAACAAUCAAGAAAGUGAAUUCUGCAAAAGACUACGGCAGAUAUGAUUGUAUGGCCUAUAAUGAAAUUGGCACAAAGUCGCUGCAGAUUGAACUUGUUCCAAUCACCAUACCCGAGAAACCCACAAUAACUGAGACAAGUGUCUCUGACACAACCAUAGCAGUCACCUGGACUUCCGGAUUCAAUGGAGGGCGCCCUCAAACAUUCACGGUGAAAUACCAGAACUUGGAAACGCUGGAUGAAGCUAAAUCAACUGAGAUGAAAGAUGAUGGUUCAGAAUCCUAUACAUAUACGAUAGAGGGUUUGAAAGCAGAUACUGAGUAUGCGGUGUGGGUGCUAGCAACUAACACCAAGGGUGAACAAGAGGUGAAGUCAAGUGCUUUGAAAACUGACAGUAAGAAAUUGGAUGAGGAGGAAGUACCAUUGAAUGACAAGAAAGAGGAAGAAAAGGGAGACCAAGGUGUUUCAGAAUAUGCCUUGGAUGACGAAACAGGCGAUAAGAAGAAACCGGAGGAAGAGAAACUUCUGAAGCCUGACGAAGAUGAAAAGAAAGAUGAAGAAAAAGAGGCACCUGCAUCCCCUCCACAUGAUGAACCACCCUUCAUGAAAAAUGGAAUGCCAGCAGAAAAUGAAAAUGAAAAAGAAGACAAAGGAACGGAGAAAGAAGAGCCAGAAGCCGAAACUAAAAUUGAUGAUCCCCCAACUGAUAAUAAAGAUGAUGAUACGAAGGGACCUAGGAAGAAUGAAGUAGUCUAUGCUCAACUUGAUAUGGCAAAACCAAAAGAUGACAAACCUGUUAAAGAACCCUCAACAGAAUAUGCUGAUAUUGAUUUUGCACGCUCAGGUCAACCAACGGCGCUGUAAGGUUUAUUUUAUUUUAUAAUUUUUUGUUAAUAUUUUAGGAGUCUCAACUAUGUUUCUGUUGAAUUUGACACUCGCUCACAAAAAAAAGUCACCGUCCAAUAUGGUUGCAUUUUUUGUUGCAAUUCUGAAUGUAGUUAGAUUUUGUAGUUGUGGAUUCAACAUUGAGAAUGCAGACAAAAUUGAAUCCUGUACUGCAAAUGUCAUAUUAUAAACCAUAUCAUCACAUCUUGAGAUUUCUUGCAUAGAAUAUUUCAUUCUCAUUUGGCUGUAUUUCUAAUAAACGGCUAUCAUGUCCUGCCUGUUUUUUUUUAAGACUAUCCCUUUAUUCAAAUGGGGUGGUUGUACAAUUGUGGCCCAAAUACUGAAAUAUUCAUUGUUUUUUUGUAUAUAUUGAUAGUCUGAAUUUUUGAUCCCUCGAAUUAUAUAGCUGUCACACCCAUUGUUCAAAAAGAACGUCUCAUUAUAAAGUUUUAACAUUGUGAAGCUGUUGAAUUGUGGGUCAUUCCAUUUGAUAUUAGGUACAAUAGUGUUAGAUCUUGGUCAAGAAUAUAUCCGGAUCGUUUGUUUAAUAGUGUACUUACCUUGGAUUGUUUUAACAAACCAAAAAUCAUAACUUUGAAGGAAUUUAUAUUUGUGCUCUGAUUGGUUAGAUUUAUUGCAUUUUAGAAACAUUGAUUUGGUAGAAACGAUAAAUUACUGUAAUUGAACUCAUUUCAACAUUGCCCUCUAUGGUGGUUUGAAAUCGUAAUGAAAUACAAUGUAGUGAGAAAUCCUCAGAAUCAAAAUUAUAACUAGAAUAUUUGUGGAAAAAAAUACCAAUUUAUUUGAAAUUGCAGUUCAGGUUUUUUGAUAGAAAGAGGGUUUGGCAGACGACACACGGCAUUAUGAAAUUAUGAAUCCUUUCAUGUUUUUUUCUCUUAAACUCUGGCUUUAAAUUUGUAAUUCCUAUGCACUCUACCCUCACCCUAGAGAUAAAAUGGUAUGUCUUGCUUGUUAGAGAUUACCCUUCUUGACCUACAGGUAUGAAUAUACCAUUCUAGAUCUACAGGUGGGAGUCUUUCAGGUUAAUAAGUUUGUUCUCAGGAAAAUUGAGUUUUACAUCUGCUGGGUGGUUUGUACAAACCUAGGCACUUUGGUUAGGAGAAUUGUAGUUUGUAAUUGGUUUCCUGACCUGCUCAUAGCUUCACAUUCUCAACACUGGGGGUCACUGCUUUCAAAUGUAAUCAAGAGUGUCCAUUAGAAUCUUGAAAACAUUAAUUUUAGCGAGACUUUCCUAGUAAACUGUCAGGUUGUGAUAUUUGAUAAUGUGAGAAGACGCUCGCAUGCUGAAAUAAUUGAUGCUAUGAAGAUAGGCAUUGACACUUGAAGGUUGAAUCAAUGUAUACUAGUCCCACAAUUAUGUAAGAAUGGCCACAAUUUCUGUAUUCUCAUUCAAUAAAUCUUUUCGCUAUAAUACUGUAUCUCAUCCAAGCCAUUUAAAAAAUGUGUUCAACCAAAGGUAGGGAGACUGUGUUGGCUGAAUUUUAUCGUCAUAAAUGAUUCAGAGGCUUAUCUUUUUAUACCCUGUUGACAUUUUGUAUUUUUAGCAUUUCUUGACCUUAUACCACUUUUUUGGGUUUUUGAGGCUGAUGGGUCGAAGCACAUUUUAUUGUAUUUUUGUAUAUUUUGCAUUUUCGCUCUUUUCUUGUAUUAUAGCUAAUUGAAUGCAACUGAUUUUUUAACUCAUUGUCAUGGUAACAUUUCACUGCCACUUGCUCAUUCUUUUAAUUCCUAGUAAAGCUGUGUUUUUGUUUUUCUUGUUGCCAUGGUGAUUUGGACUUGUUCAAAGUCUCUCCAUGUAAACUUAAGCUUCAACAUUCAAUGAUGGGCAACUGGGUUUUAAAAUGAGUUACAUUUCUUUUUCAGUAAAAAAAAAAAAUUGUCUUUGUGAUUUUUUUUACUUCUAUUUUAUGAGAUGGCGCAACAUUCUAUCUAUUUUUGUAGUAUUAUCACAAAUUUACUCUUUUUGUCAUUUAAAAAUUAGUUUGCAUUUAAACAAGAGUAUGUACAGUGUUGCCUGUGAGGGCGCACUUUGUAAUAUAGAUUAGAUUCAAUAUAGCUGUGACAUUGUCAAAAUGAAUUUUCAGCAGUUACUAUGUCAACUGGUUAUUGAUGUUCUCUAAUUGUGAAGAGCGCCAUCUAUUGUCCAGUCAGUGUUGUAAUAUUCAGUAACUCCUUGAGGGUGAAUGGGGUUGAGGAGUUAAAUAUUGUAUUGAUAUUCUUAGAUGUGAUUUUUAGUAUGUAAUUGUAUGUAGAUGUGACAAUUUUGAAUUCUUGAAUAAAAUACUGUUUUAGUGUACAAUGA